ACUGUCUGUCAAACUAACACCACGAUAUAUUCGUUUACCUCGAUUCUUGGAAAGAUGUAAACAACAGAAGAAUUCACCUUCGUUUAUCAAAGCGCCUGAGCGUCGCAUUUGCCUGAAAAUUGAGCUAAUCUCUGCUCUACGUCGUCACUGCUGCUCUAGCUUACGGGGAAACAACACGAAUUGCGUUCUCUCAAACCAGUAUGGCAAAUUCUCCCUUUACAGCUUAUAUAUUUGAAGAAGAUCGUCAGAAACUUAUGAGAGAAGCUGGUGGAAGUAGAGGUGGAAGUUUGUUUGGUCAGUGGACGAGCACGGGUAAUCCAGUGGUUCAUUAUGCAGUACCUUCCUAUGUCGAUAAGGACACAUCUGUAAGAGUAAUUGGUGAAGAACUUUGGAGUCGCUACAGGCUGUGCCAUAUCGGAGAGUGGCGAUCAGUUAGUCAGUACAGUGGACGGUCUGAUCAUGAAAGAAGCCGUCUUCGAUCAGAGUUUAAUGGUGGAAACCCCAAAAGAUUUCUUGUUCUUGAUGUGGACACAACUAAAAUAUGCGCUUAUCUAUUUGAAAGCGAAAUUCAGAUGGGAAGGGGAAAAUUGGAACCACUCAAUGGUGAAAACCCAUUCAAUCGUUCCGAUGUCGACCCACUGAAAACAAGAAGACAACACUAUCAUUCGCCAGAACAACCCACCACGACGCAAGAAUGGGGUCGGUCUCAGCCCAAACGUCACGAGCUGCAAGAAGCUGUUACGAGAAGAUAUCAGUGGUACUCUGUUGCAGGAGGAAAUGAAAAAUUGCUAAAGGUCCUUGAAGAAUUCAAGAAGAUUGCUCAUCAGGGGGAGGUGAAUAUGAGCCGAGACACUACUACAGAAAACAUGAUGAUGUCGUUUAUAGAAAAACGUCAUGGAAAUAAGUGGCAGGUCAAUUUUCCAUCCACGUUUCCCAAUCCGGGAGCAGUUCUAAUUGAAAACCCAGACCCGCGAGGCCGUGGAACAGACCAUCGGCAGGCUUCCAAUAGCAAAGUAGAACAGGCAGUGAGGAACAUGAUUUCCACUAUCCAGUCAACUUUUUCUUCAGGAAAAAGAUAUUAUAGGAACUGAUAAGAACUUAUAAAACAGUGAUAAUUACAUCUGCAUGUAGGUUGUAUCCGGACAGAUCAAAUUUUGAUUUUUCAAUUUCCAACAAUGAUACGAUUUCUGGAAUUUAUCCUCGUCCCAAUCCGCCUGCCUUAACCAUAAUGAGAACACGUAGCUUAAACCUAGGUCACACCGGAACCCAGAUUUAGAAAAUUAAGAAAAGUUUGUGUUUGAUUUUUGUCUGUAAUAGAGAUGCACACUUAGCGUGCCGAGGUUGGGAUAAUCUAUAACAGUUACAAAUAAUUGAUUUAAAAUAUCACAACAAUUAAACGUUACUUUUUCGCU